AUGCCCCCGGAGGAGUCUCGGCAGGGCUGCGCCGGGGACCGGGAAGGACCCGGGCCCGGGGAUCCAGCAGUCACCCCUGCACUCCCGCCCGCUGCCAGUCACGCUCCAGAGCCCUCUGCGGCGCCUGAACCCGUCGCUGCUCAGGCUCGGGCGGCCGGACCGGCAGCUGGAUCCGGAUCCCGGUGCGUCUCCGGACCUCCAGCCGAAGCUCCCGCGGCCUGCGAGGCUGGAUCUGAGCCGCAAGCCCCGUGCGCGUCCGCAUUCGUGGCUGUCCGGGGGAAUGCCCAGCCUGUGCGCAGCAACUCAGACGCGUGGACCCGCUUCAUAUUCCAAGGGCCUUUUGGUCCCCGGGCCACUGGCCUGCGGACUGGAGAGGCAGCGGGCGUCUGGAAGACGCCGGCUGCUUACAUCGGCCGGCGGCCGGGGGUGUCAGACCCCGAGGGCGCCGCCUUUGUUCGGGAGCUGGAGGAAGCACGGUGUCCUGACCGACCUCCUGUGUCAGUCAAGAAGAUCAGCCAAGAAGAUGUCAGAGUGAUGUUAAAUUUGCUGGAAGAGAGAAAGCGGGACUUGAAUACAGCAGCUCGUGUCGGCCAGUCCCUGGUGAAACAGAACAGUGUUCUGAUGGAGGAGAACAGCAAGCUGGAAGGCAUGCUGGGCUCAGCCAGGCAGGAGAUUUUACACCUUAGGCACCUGAUGAGCUUUCGGGAUGAACUCCUUCAGCUCUUCUCAGAGUCUGAUGAGGAGGAGGAGGAAGAGGAGGAGAAAGAGAAAGAAGAGGAGGAGGAAGAAGAGAAAGAGGAGAAAGAGGAAGCAGAGGAGGGGCAGCAGUGCGGUUGUCUCUAUGCAGCCCCUGAGCUGAUGCCUCUGAGGGAGGCAGAGCCGCUGCACCACUGCCCACAGUUGGAAGCCCUGCAGCAGCAGCUGAGGCUGCUGGAGGAGGAGAACCAGCAGCUGAGAGAGGAGGCCUCUCAACUUGAUGCCCUUGAAGAGGAGCAGAUGCUCAUUCUGGAAUGAGUGGAGCAGUUUUGUAUCGCCCUGAAUGGCCCCACUGGUCCCCAGACCCCUGGGGUAGGAGCCAGUCCUCAUAUUCGGUUGCUUCUCGCUCCUGGAGAUAUGACGGGGAGCAGAAGAGUGGGGCAGGGGGCUCUGGCUGGGGCUGGCUUGCGGGGACAUGGAAAGACUUUCCUGUCUCUCUUGCACUACAGUGAGGAACAAGAGCAGGACCAGGGGUUCGAGGCUGAGGAACGGUUGAUGCUGGCAGAGGAUUUCAUGCCUGUAGAGGAGUUAGUGCCUGAGGAGGAGCUGGAAGUCACAGAAGACGUGGUGACAGCUGAGGAGGGGGUAACAGAAGAGGCAGAGCUGGUGUCAGAGAAGGCCGAGGCCUGGGAGGAAGUGGAGGCAGAACUGGAUAAGGCAACAAGGAUGAAUGUGGUAGCCUCAGCCCUGGAGGCCAGUGGCUUGGGCCCCUCUUAUCUGGACAUGAAGUAUGUCCUCCAGCAACUGGCCAACUGGCAGGACAUCCAUUUCAGGCAGCAGCUGAGGCAGAAGAUGCUCCAGAAAGGUGAGUGCUCCCCUGGGGGCCUCCCUGACAAGCUGCAGAUUGUCAUGCAGAUGAAAGGUGCUCACUUACCCCAGCCUGGCCCUGACCCAGUGUGCUGAUUUGCAUGGACUUUGCAUGUCAUUUGCAGAGACACCGUCAGGUCCCCCUCAGCAGGGACUGUGGCCGCAAUGCUCAUUUACAUGGAAUUUGCAUAGGAUUCCAGAUCUCUACCCCCUUUCUCUGGGGGGCUAGGCUGGGGGUCAGGGCCCUGGAGCCUCCCAAUGCACCUCAGCUUCCUGUCUCUGCCCACCCCCUUCUUCUGUCACUAUCCUUGCCUCCCCCAUCCCCAAGCCCCCCCAACCCUGCAGCAGUGGCACCAACAGGCCACAACAAACAUGGGGGGCGGGAUGGAGGAGCAGCAGCCCAGGGUGCCAAACCAGAACCACCCUCCCAUGGCCUGGGAGGAAGAGGGGCCUUCUGGGGUCUCCCAGGCCACUGGGACAAAGGCCUCUGCCAGCAAGGGCCACAGUUAGACCAGUCCCCUGGGUGAGUCUGAAGGUGGGCCAGGGUCUCCUACAGGGUGGUGAGGGGUGGGUCAGGGUCUCGUCUCCCCAGCUAGAAACCUCAAAGUUUGGGGACCUCCACUUGCUGAGUGCAGGCUAUGUGCUAAGCUGUGUGAGCCCUGCCUCCAAGGAACUCACAGGGAUAUGAACGACGAUUUAUUUACCCAUGUUAUCUCCUUCAAUUCUCACACCCCUGUAGGCAGGUAUUAUCCUCUCCAUUUAUUUGGUGAGGAAACAGGUUCAGAGAGUGAAUAACUCAUUCAGGGUCACACAGCUAGAGCGGAUCUGAGGCUGAUCUCUUCACUACAUGGUAUGUGCCCUGGCCUAUCCCUCCCUACUGACCCUAUCCUGGUGCCUGCCUGGCCUUCUGGGUCAGCCGUGAAGUUCGUAACCUGUUGGUAGCGUCACCAGAAUAUUUGGCCUAUUCCCACUCAGAUGGCACUUGGGUUGACCUCAUCAGGGUCACCACAUAAGGUUGUGCAGGUUAUAAACUGAAUACUGACCUCUGUUUCUCGGCCAUGGGCAACCUGUCUAGCUAUCAAUGGUAGCUGUCUCUUUCUGACAUGACUGACCAGCCUCCAGCCUCUGCCUGCUGCCCAGGCCAGGCCUGUGGCCCUCAGGCCCUCACUUCACAUCCAUCCCCUUCUCUUCCAGGCUUUGCUGUUUCCCAGCAGCCUGCAGAGGCCCCACAGAAAGCCUGAGGUCCCCCCUUCCGCUGCCUGGCCAAGUCGCAACCCCCGCCAAACCUUCCCUCUCAUCCUGAGAAACAGAACCCCCUGUCUGUCA